AGGCGACAGAGCUUGCGGAGUAGCAAUGGCAUCUUUGUGCAACGUGUCCCGGACUCUUACCAAAAGGGUUUUGUCUUCAAAAACACUUCCAGCAGUAUGCCCCGGGACCGCCAGGGGAUUCCACUUUUCCAUCUACGGGAAUCAGGGCGAUGCUAAGGUGUCAGAUGCAAUCUCCACUCAAUACCCGGUUGUGGACCACGAUUUCGACGCGGUGGUGGUGGGCGCGGGUGGAGCCGGACUGCGCGCCGCUUUCGGUCUGUCCGAGGCCGGCUUCAACACAGCUUGCGUCACGAAGCUGUUCCCCACCAGAUCUCACACAGUAGCGGCACAGGGCGGGAUCAACGCAGCCCUCGGGAACAUGGAGAAUGAUGAUUGGCGAUGGCACUUCUAUGACACGGUGAAGGGAUCUGAUUGGCUGGGAGACCAGGACGCCAUCCAUUACAUGACAGAGCAAGCCCCUGCAGCAGUGGUGGAGCUGGAGAAUUUCGGCAUGCCUUUCAGUCGCACAGAGGACGGGAAGAUCUACCAGCGUGCCUUUGGGGGUCAGAGCCUGAAGUUUGGGAAGGGAGGCCAGGCACACAGGUGCUGCUGCGUGGCAGACAGGACCGGACACUCCCUCCUUCACACGCUCUAUGGCCGGUCUUUGAGGUACGACACCAGCUACUUCGUGGAGUACUUUGCCCUGGACCUGCUGAUGGAGGGUGGGGAGUGCAGGGGAGUGAUAGCACUGUGCAUGGAGGAUGGCUCCAUCCACCGCUUCAGGGCCAAGAACACAGUCAUUGCCACGGGUGGCUAUGGCCGCACCUACUUCAGCUGUACGUCGGCACACACCAGCACUGGAGACGGCAAUGCCAUGGUGACCCGUGCCGGGCUCCCCUGCCAGGACCUGGAGUUUGUGCAGUUCCAUCCCACGGGGAUCUACGGGGCCGGCUGCCUAAUCACUGAGGGUUGCCGUGGCGAGGGCGGGAUCCUCAUCAACAGUGAGGGUGAGAGGUUCAUGGAGCGCUAUGCCCCCAAUGCCAAGGACCUGGCCUCCCGUGACGUGGUGUCCCGCUCCAUGACCAUCGAGAUUCGGGAGGGGAGGGGUGUCGGCCCAGAGAAGGACCACGUGUACCUGCAGCUGCACCACCUGCCCCCACAGCAGCUGGCCACGCGCCUGCCCGGCAUCUCUGAGACUGCCAUGAUCUUCGCCGGGGUGGACGUCACAAAGGAGCCCAUCCCUGUACUGCCAACCGUCCACUACAACAUGGGCGGAAUUCCCACCAACUUCAAGGGACAGGUCAUCACACACAAGGAUGGUGAGGACAAAGUGGUUCCCGGGCUCUACGCUUGUGGCGAGGCUGCCUGUGCAUCGGUCCACGGAGCCAACCGUCUGGGCGCCAACUCCCUGCUGGACCUGGUGGUGUUCGGCCGCGCCUGCGCCCUCACCAUCGCUGAAAUCUGCACCCCUGGAGAGAAGCUUGCCCCCCUUAAGCCUAAUGCUGGAGAGGAGUCUGUGGCUAACCUGGAUAAAAUAAGAUAUGCCAAUGGGAGCACCCGCACUUCAGAGAUCAGGCUGAACAUGCAGAAGACCAUGCAGAAUCAUGCUGCCGUGUUCCGCACCGGCUCUGUCCUGAAAGAGGGCUGUGACAAGAUGGACGCCAUCUACCAGACCCUGGGAGACAUCAAGACCUUUGACAGAGGUAUCGUGUGGAACACCGACCUGGUGGAGUCCCUGGAGCUGCAGAACUUGAUGCUGAACGCAGUGCAGACCAUACACUCAGCCGAGGCACGCAAGGAGAGCCGAGGUGCCCACGCCCGGGAGGACUACAAGGACCGUGUGGAUGAGUACGACUACUCCAAGCCCAUCCAGGGACAGCAGAGGAAGCCCUUCGACCAGCACUGGAGGAAGCACACGCUCUCAUACGUGGAUUCAAACGGAAAGGUGUCUCUGGAAUACCGUCCUGUGAUUGACAGCUCUCUGAAUCAAGAGGACUGUUCAGCCAUCCCUCCCGCCAUCCGCUCUUAUUAAGAGACCUGUUCUGUCUCCUAGUCAUCUCUAAGUUAUGAACAGAACAUGUGCUUUUGCUGUUAUCUCAGAAAACAGUCUGUAUUUUUAGAGCAAUAUAAACAAGUACUGCACAUGCAAUAUUUUGUACUGUUAGCAUUCGGUGUUAGAGGGGACGUACCAUUCUUUCAGCAUUUGCUAGAGUUUGUGCAAGCAAACAAAUUCUGUAAUAAAAUUAGUUUAGAAUACUGUAGAUGGAGCAGAGCAGCAUCAGCUUAGAUGUAUCUCCUGGCAAAGCUUCCAUUAGAUGUUGAUUGGAUCCUCACAUUCACUCUUGGUGGCCUUCACGAUCAAACAAAUUGCCACAACACCGAAGGUCCAGAUGUCUUGUGUGUGUCAUGUAAAAUUUUAUGUAUUUAAGCAAAAAGGUAACUGUUUGAGCUCAUCUGGGAAUGUCUACAGGAUGCUGUAUCGACAAGUCCAGGUCUGAUGAUUACAUUGCAGCUACAGGGGCCAGUGUGGUGUAGUGAUAAAGAAUCUGGGUUUGUAACCAAAAGGUUAUUGAUUCCACUCCCA